AUGUGGCAACAACUAGCGUUUGUCUUGUUGUUUUGUUUCAGUGCAGUGCGCUCACAAGUGAUUUACUCCAUUCCCGAAGAAAUGGCUACAGGCUCUGUGGUUGGAAAUAUUGCCGAAGAUUUGGGUUUGGGUUUAGACAGGCUGAGAUCAGGGAAAGCACGCAUAUACAUCGCAGAUGGCAUGCAGCAUAUUGAGCUGAACAGAGAGAAGGGCUUGCUUCUGAUUAAGGAGAAAAUAGACCGGGAACUGCUUUGCGCAAAAACGACUCCUUGCGCGUUACAUUUCCAAAUGAUUCUUGACAACCCAAUGGAGUUAUACAGGAUUACUGUCGAAAUCACGGACAUAAAUGAUAAUCCUCCCAGUUUCCAGGAGAACGACAUUACUUUUGAAAUCAGUGAAUCAGCCGUAAUCGGAUCGAAAUUCAUGCUGGAGAAAGCAUUCGACCCAGACGUUGGAAUAAAUGGCCUGCAGAGCUACUCGCUGAAACCUACGGAUCAUUUCGGUUUAAAAUUACAUGAUCAAGCGGAUGGUAGCAAAAACGUGGAAAUGAUAUUGCAGAAAAGCCUGGACAGAGAACAACAAGAGAGAAUGUCUUUGUUGUUAACAGCUGUAGAUGGCGGCGAACCGCAGAUGUCUGGCACAGUUCAGAUACAUAUUACUGUACUAGAUGCUAAUGACAAUGCUCCUGUCUUUACUCAGAAAACAUACAAAGCAACUGUAUCUGAAAAUACGCAGAAAGGCUCUAAAAUCACUGUGGUUAGCGCCUCUGAUGCAGACGAGGGUAGCAAUGGUAAGAUAUCUUAUUAUAUCUCAAAGACAAUGGGUAGUUCGCGGAACCUUUUCAUGAUAGACCAAUUAAGCGGUGAAGUCAAACUAAACGGUGAGGUUGACUAUGAAAUAUCGAGCAACUAUCAAAUUGACAUUCAAGCAAAAGACCAAGGUGGUCUCUCUGACUCAUGUAAGCUGAUCAUUGACGUAUUGGACUUGAAUGAUAAUAGCCCCAUUAUCAAUAUACUUUCCAUGUCCAAUUCUAUUUCCGAGGAGUCUCCGCUCGAAACAGUUAUCGCGAUGAUUAAUGUAAAUGAUCCUGACUCCGGUUUAAAUGGGCAAGUACACUGCGCAAUCGAUGACAAUAUUCCGUUUGCCAUCACAUCUCCAUCAAAUAAUUUCUUUAGUCUCCGAACCCAGCAGGAACUAGAUAGGGAGAAUAUCGCAGAGCAUAAUAUCAGCGUAAUCUGCGCCGACGAGGGAGUGCCCAUGCUUUCCAGCAGUGUCUCCCUACAAUUACACAUACUAGACGUAAAUGAUAACGCGCCUGUGUUUGAGAGAAACUUUUAUGAAGCAUAUAUUUUCGAAAACAACGCAGCAGGCGAUGCCAUGUUAACAGUGAAAGCAAGCGAUGCUGACUGGAAUCAGAAUGCUCGUGUUUCAUACAUUCUUGAGGAUAGCAAUAUCAAUGGCGUGCCAGUUUCAACAUACGUCUCUGUUCAAGCUGACAAUGGAGUUAUCACCGCAGUGCGUUCUUUUGACUAUGAACAGUUAAAGGACUUCCAAUUUCGUGUAAAAGCACAAGACGGUGGCUCGCCUCCUCUCAGUAGUAAUGUAACAGUUAAAAUUAUUAUCCAGGACAAGAAUGACAAUGCACCUCAGAUUCUAUACCCAGUACAAACUAGUGGAUCUGUGGUAGCUGAAAUGGUGCCUCGUUCAGCAGACGUUGGCUAUCUCGUCACUAAAGUUGUGGCUGUUGAUGUGGACUCUGGACAGAAUGCCUGGCUCUCCUAUAAACUACAGAAGUCAACGGACAGGGCUCUGUUUGAAGUUGGAGCACAGAAUGGAGAAAUAAGAACAGUGCGCCAGGUCACUGAGACAGAUACUGUUAAACACAGACUCACUGUUGUGGUGGAAGAUAAUGGACAACCCUCUCGUUCAGCUACAGUCACUGUUAAUGUGGCAGUUGCAGACAAUUUCCCUGAAGUGUUGUCAGAAUUCACAAAUUUCAGUUAUGACACAAAAUAUAGUAAUAGCCUGACUUUUUAUUUGAUUUUGGCUCUGGCUGUGGUUUCAGGGCUCUUCAUCUUCUCAUUAAUCGCCAUCAUUUCAGUCAAAAUUUACAGAUGGAGGCAGAACAAGUUGUUUUACAAAACCGCAACUAGUCUUCCAGUGAUCCCUUAUUAUCCACCCGUCUACGCCGAUGGAACUUUACAGCGCAUGUAUAAUUAUGAGAUGUGUGGAACAACUGACUCUAGGAUGAGUGACCUCAAGUUUGUCAGGCCUUACAGCCAAAAUACACCGGUGAAUGUGAGUCGUGCAGGGACUCUACAACCAGAAAAGAACGGACAGAAGGAAGAUCCUUUUCUGUCUUUAGAGUGCAUACUUUAG